UCAAGGCUCUGCCCACACUGGCUCCCAGAGCCCUCCGAAACAAAAGACCAGAGAGGCCAGACAUCUCCCCUGUCUGCUCCUGCGCAGGAAAGGCCUGGAGGAAGAGGCCAGGGACACAACCUUCCCUCUCUCUCCAAUCCCUCCAUCCUCCCAGCACUGGCAUCUGGAGACCCCAUGCCUCGGGCUCACUGGGGCUGCUGCCCCUGGCUGGUCAUCCUCUGUGCUUAUGCCUGGGGCUAUCCAGAGCCAGCAGACCUUGGAAGAGAGGAUGUGAGAAACUGUUCCAUCAACCCCCCGUACCUUCCAGUUACUGUGGUCAAUACCACAGUGCGGCUCACAGCCCUCCGCCAGCAGUUGCAGACUCAGAAUCUCUCUGCCUACAUCAUCCCAGACACGGAUGCCCACAUGAGCGAGUACCUCGGCACAGCUGACAAGAGGCAUUCAUGGAUUACAGGCUUUACUGGGUCUGCAGGAACCGCAGUGGUGACCAUGGAGAAAGCAACUCUCUGGACAGACAGUCGCUACUGGACUCAGGCUGAGCGGCAGAUGGACUGCAAUUGGGAGCUCCAUAAGCAAGUUGGCGCCACUCCCAUUGCCACCUGGCUCCUCACUGAGAUUCCUGCUGGAGGACGUGUGGGCUUUGACCCCUUCCUCUUGUCUAUCGACUCCUGGAACAGUUAUGACCUGGCCCUCCAAGGCUCUGACAGACAGCUGGUGUCCAUCACGGUCAACCUUGUGGACCUGGUGUGGGGGUCAGAGAGGCCCGUGUUGCCAAGCCAGCCCAUUUAUGCCCUGCAGGAGGCGUUCACAGGGAGCACUUGGCAGGAGAAGGUGUCUGACAUCCGAAGCCAGAUGCAGAAGCAUAGCAAGGCCCCGACUGCCGUGCUUCUGUCGUCGCUUGAUGAGACGGCCUGGCUCUUCAACCUUCGCAGCAGUGACAUCCCCUAUAAUCCCUUCUUCUAUUCCUACACGCUGCUCACAGACUCUGCCAUCAGGUUAUUUGCAAACGAGAGUCGUUUUAGCUCCGAGACCCUGACGUACCUGAACUCCAGUUGCACAGGCUCCAUGUGUGUGCAACUCGAGGAUUACAACCAAGUUCGUGACAGCGUCCAGGCCUAUGCCUCAGGAGACGUGCGGAUCUGGAUCGGGACCAGCUAUACCACGUAUGGGAUCUACGAAGUGAUACCCAAGGAGAAACUCGUGACAGACACCUACUCCCCAGUGAUGGUUACCAAGGCAGUGAAGAACAGCAAGGAGCAGGCCCUCCUGAAGGCCAGCCACGUGCGGGACGCUGUGGCUGUGAUCCGGUACUUGGUCUGGCUGGAGAAGAACGUGCCCAAAGGCACCGUGGACGAGUUCUCGGGAGCAGAGAUGGUGGAGAAGUUCCGAGGAGAGGAAGAGUUCUCCUCUGGACCCAGUUUCGAAACCAUCUCUGCUAGUGGCCUGAAUGCUGCCCUGGCCCACUACAGCCCAACCAAGGAGCUAAACCGCAAGCUGUCCACAGAUGAGAUGUACCUGCUGGAUUCGGGGGGACAAUACUGGGACGGGACCACAGACAUCACCAGAACAGUCCACUGGGGCACCCCCUCUGCUUUCCAAAAGGAGGCAUAUACCCGCGUGUUGAUAGGAAAUAUCGACCUGUCCAGACUCGUCUUUCCCGCUGCUACAUCAGGGAGAUUGAUGGAAGCCUUUGCCCGCAGAGCUUUGUGGAACGUUGGGCUCAAUUAUGGUCAUGGGACAGGCCAUGGCAUUGGCAACUUCCUGGGUGUACAUGAGUGGCCAGUGGGAUUCCACUCCAGUGCCAUCGCCAUGGACAAGGGCAUGUUCACUUCCAUUGAACCUGGUUACUAUGAGGACGGAGAGUUUGGGAUCCGCAUUGAAGAUGUGGUCCUCGUAGUAGAAGCAGAAACCAAGUACCCAGGGACCUACCUGACCUUUGAAGUGGUGUCAUUGGUGCCUUAUGACCGGAACCUCAUCGAUGUCAGCCUGCUGUCCCCCGAGCAUCUCCAGUACCUGAAUCUCUACUACCAGACCAUCCGAGAGAAAGUGGGCCCGGAGCUGCUGCGGCGCCAGCUGCUGGAGGAGCACGAGUGGCUGCAGCAGCACACAGAGCCCCUGUCCGCCAGGGCCCCGGGCCCCGCCUCCUUGGCUUCUCUGUUGACAGCCUCCGCUCUUGUCAUCCUGGGCUGGAGUGCAUAGAGGCUCCCAACACUACUGCUAACCCUCCACCUAGAUGUGGGGCUCACCUGCUCAGCUCCCUUCACCCCUGCACUGUACAUGCCCCAAGAACCCCUGCCAGGGCCGGGCUCAGUCACUCACACCUGUCAUCCUAGCAUUCUGGGAGGCUGAGGCAGGAGGAUGGCUUGAGGUUAGGAGUUCGAGACCAACCC